GAAGAAAAAGAAAAAGAAAAAACAAAAACAAGAAGAAAAAGAAACAUGACCAACUUAACGCGGUUUUUGGCUGUUUUGGUUUUGGGCAGUUUGUUUGUUUGUUUGGUUAGAUAGAUAAACAUGAGACUUUCCUUUCCUAAUCCGUCGAUCCUUUUCCUUAGCUUUUCCGUUUCAAGAUUCUCACUACACAGACACUACUGUGCACAAAAGCACACAGCUUUCCCCUAACUAAAACUCAUGAUUGCCUCUCACUUCUUUUAACUUAUGUCUUCACUGUAACAUUAUUGUACAAAGUUAAAGAAAACCACAAAAAAAAAAAAAAAAAAAAUUGUUAUCAUUAUUAUUCUUAGCUUUAGCUUGUCAUUCUUUCUUUCUAUUCUUGAUUACUUUAUAGUACCCAAUAACAGUCUCUUUUCAGGUAACCCACUUGAGCAAACAUCCAUUUCUUGAUUAGAUAGCUUUUGCUCUUUACUUUCUUGCAUUGCAUUGAUUUUAAAAGCUUCUUUAUUGGGUUUGAUCAACAUAUGUCAUUAUUGGUUUGAUCACACCUACCAAGAGCAACACCAGGAAUUCUCAUCAACAUGGUUCUUGGGCUCAGAUCAAAGAACCGGAAAAGGCACUUCAGUGCACAGGUUGAUUACCUCAUUCAUGUCCUAGAAAUCAAGCCUUGGCCCCCAUCUCAGUCUCUGAAAUCUAUAGAAUCUGUAUUUCUUCUGUGGGAGAAUGGUGACCACAGUUCUGGGUCUUUCACUUCCAAUGUUGGAGACGGGAAAAUUGAAAUUAGCGAGUCUUUCAGGCUACCGGUUACAUUAUAUAGUGAAGCACCCAGAAGAGGCACUGUUCGAGCCAGUUCCCAGAAGAACUACUUAGAAUUUAGCUUGUAUGAAACUCGAAAGGACAAAGCAAUGAAAGGUCAGCUCUUGGGAUCUGCAGUUAUAAACCUGGCAGAUUAUGGAAUCAUCAAAGAUGCUGUAACCAUAAGCACUUUGAUUAACUUCAAGAAGAACUCUAAGAGUACAGUGCAGCCAGUUCUUUCUGUUAAUAUUCAACCAUUUGAAAGAGAUAGCACUAGCUUGUCUAAAGAAGCAUCACUGGACAAGGAUGGAAGUGAAUCUGUUUCAGAAGUGACUAAUGAAAAUGAUGAGGAAAGUGAGAUUGCCUCCUUCACCGAUGAUGAUGUUGAUGAUAAUUUUUCUUCACAUUCAUCAAGAACUGCUUCUUCUCUUGCUAUGGAGUCUAGUAGAGGUUCACCAGGUCAAGAUGAAAAGAACUUCCCAGGAUCAGGAAACAGUGACUUACGGAGGGUCAAUGGGGAGCUUACUCUGCUGUCAGGUGUACCAUCUUCAAACCCAGAGGUGAAAUCCACAAACGAGGCUUUCAAACAAUUGAAUGAAGCUUCACGCCCUCCAUCAUCAACAGGCUUAUCGUCUAAUUUGAGGAGUUCUGUGAAUGAUUUUUUAGGUAAAGUUGUAUCGUCAGAUGGCUGUAUUCAGAUGGCUAAGAACUCAAACCAUGCAGAGAAUGAAGCCUCUCAAUCCAACCAAGAGGCUGGUAAAAAAGAUAAGAAAUAUGAGAAAAGUGGACUAGAGGUGAUAGCAACUAGUAAUUUACAUGUUGCUAUUAUGGAAGAUAAGUUGAAAAAGCAACAGCAUGGCGAUGGACGUAAUGUGGAGUUUUUAGCAGAAAAGAAACAUACUUUAGAGGAGGAAGAACUAGUUGGUAAAUUAGCUCAAGAAGCUACAGGAAGGCCAGCCAAAUUAAGGAGUAAUACCCUUGCAUUCAACAGGGCAGCAAAUGGUGUGCAGGGCAAUACACGCAGAGAUAAACUAAAACAUUUGAAAUCUGUUCAGUUACAGUAUGAUGUAGAUGAAAGUGAUGAGCCCUUCAGCAAUAUCCGGUUUGUCAAGAAAGCAAAGGAAAACGGCAUUCCUGAAAAUGUUCAUAAAGGUGGCUUAAGCGACAGGAAAGAAACAACCAACAACUUUCCUGACAACAAACUCCAAUUGAAAUCUGAAAUUGAAAUUCUUGAGGAAGAGUUAAGUAAGCCUGCUGCUGAAGAGGCAGGCGAUUUUUCAGCUAUUGCCAAUCGUGAAAACUUAAAAAACAAGGUCCAGAUUAUGGAGAAGGCAAAGGAAAUUAACCUUCCUGGCAACAUUCAUAAAGCUGAUGUGACUUGUGCACCAGGUGAAAUUGAACAACCCCAAAGCAGAUUUUCUGGAAACAACAUUGAGUUGGAAACUAGGGUUGAAAUGCUUGAGGAAGAGUUGAUUGAAGCUGCUGCAGUUGAGGUUGGCCUUUAUUCAGUUGUAGCUGAGCAUGGGAGUUCUACAAACAAAGUCCAUGCUCCGGCUAGGCGUCUUUCAAGGUUUUAUCUUCAUGCUUGCAAGGCGAGAUCACAGGAUUAUAGGGGAAAUGCAGCUAGAGCUAUCAUUUCGGGAUUAGUUUUGGUUUCUAAAGCAUGUGGAAAUGAUGUACCAAGGUUAACUUUCUGGCUGUCAAAUUCCAUUCUUCUGAGAGCAAUUGUAAGCCAGGCUGUUGAGAAAUUGCAAGUUCCAGCAUCAACAUCCAUCAACAAAAAUGGUGGUCAAAGGAGCAGGCCUCAGUCCUCCUUUCAUGAAGAUAAUGAAACUAAUAAAUCAAAAAGUUGUGAUGAGUGGGAGGAAGCUCAAACUUUUGUUGCAGCACUGGAAAGAGUUGAAGCUUGGAUAUUCUCUCGAAUUGUUGCGUCAGUUUGGUGGCAGACUCUAACUCCACAUAUGCAGUCCACAGCAGUUAAAGGCUCAGGGUCAAAGAAGACUCAUGCUAGAAGGUAUGGACUGGGUGACCAAGAUCAGGGGAAUUUUGCUAUUGAUUUAUGGAAGAAGGCCUUCAAGGAUGCAUGUGAGAGGCUUUGCCCUAUUCGAGCUGGGGGGCAUGAAUGUGGUUGCUUGCCUGUGCUAGCUAGAUUGGUAAUGGAGCAGUUGGUGCAUAGGUUAGAUGUCGCCAUGUUCAAUGCCAUUCUCCGGGAAUCAGCUGAAGAGAUGCCAACAGACCCUGUUUCUGAUCCCAUUAGUGAUCCAAAGGUUCUCCCAAUACCAGCUGGAAAAUCAAGCUUUGGUGCUGGCGCACAACUGAAAAAUGCUGUAGGAAACUGGUCCAGAUGGCUCACAGAUAUAUUUGGAAUUGAUGAUAGUGACUCAGAUGAUAAGGUUGAGCUUGACAGCAAUAGACUAGAAUCUGGGGCAUCCUUCAAGGUUUUCCACCUUCUUAACGCAUUGAGUGAUCUCAUGAUGCUUCCCUUUGAGAUGCUUGCUGACAAGUCAACAAGAAAAGAGGUUUGUCCUACAUUUGGUGCUCAUAUCAUUGAGAGGGUUCUUAACAAUUUUGUCCCAGAUGAAUUCAACCCAGACCCUAUCCCAGAUGCAAUUUUCGAGUCCCUGGAUUCUGAGGACCUUGCUAAAGAUGGGAAGGAGUCUAUCACAAGCUUUCCAUGCAUUGCCACUCCUACGAUCUAUUCACCACCUUCUACAGCUUCACUGACAAACAUUAUAGGAGAAGUGGGAAAUCAAACUCUGCAGAGAAGUGGAUCAGCAUUGCUUAAGAAAUCGUAUACCAGUGAUGAUGAGCUUGAUGAGCUGGACUCACCCUUGACUUCUAUCAUUAUUGACAAUUCCAGGGUUUCUCCUGCUUCAACAGCAUCAAAUUGGACGCCAAAGGGUAAGGGAGGCAGGAAAGUUGUUAGGUAUCAACUACUCCGGCAAAUAUGGAAGGAUGGUGAAUAACCUUUUUCAUUUGCCUCUCCCUCUCUCCUGUCAUAUAUGUACAUAGAGAUGUAAUUUUUAUAGGCCGGUUUUUAAGCUUUGAUUAUGAGUCAAAACUGGUACGGUUGCUUAAUCCAAUAGCUUGUAAGCAAAUUUUCCUCCAUUCUUAUGGUGCUUUGUUUUCAUGGUCAAAAGCUGUAAUGGAAGCAGAACUCUUUUUGGUCU